CUUGGGACAGGCACUGAUGGCGGCUGAAAUUAUGCGUUCUGAUGAACGUUGUUGCAGAGGUGCAUUCGUUUACCUUUCUAUACGUUAGACCAAUCAAAUCUAACAACAGUGGCUUCGGUAAUUGUAGUGUGGGGCUGCGAGCAAGUGGUCCCAAUUUCCUAGGUAACCGUAACAGGAAGCAGCCUUAGCGCUAGGACUAUUUUACAGUCUAGUUGCAGACAUUCACCAAAAUCACCCAGGAGUUUGCAAAAAUUGCAGAUGCCUGAACCACAUAGCAGGCCUGCUGAGACUGUCUCUGAUGAAAACGCCGAGUUCUCAGUGUCGGGAAGGAGCCGAAGCACGCGCGGUCGCUGGUGUUCCGAGGAAGCCUUCCCUCUAGUCCUGUGUUCUUCAGUGCCACUUCCAGAAUUCUGGAUUUUACUGCAUAAGUUACGUGGAUGAAUACUGUACUGUACACAAUGGAAAUGCACUAUGCCACUACCACUUGAGAAAGUUUGCCAUGAGAUUGUACACGGCGCACUAUUUGGCUGAGAAUGGAAGGUGACCAACCACAGCAUUGUGUUCUGUAUCCUGGGUGCUGAUUGGCUCAGUGACAUAGUAUCAGUCUCUUUGCUCUCCCGCACCGUGCCCAUAUGUUCAGCACCUCUCCUCGUCUACUUCAUAUCAACAUCUGAUCACUGUGCAUAGUGUUGCUCUGUGGCGUGUUUUUGUGAAAAUUUCGUAAAAGUCUGAAUUUAUUUCAAGCCCUACGAUGCCACCCAAAUGUUCUGCACCUCUUAAGGCUUCUGGCAGUGAACUCAAGCUCCAGAGGAAUAUGCUUACCAUCAAAAAGGUGGAACUUCUCAACAUGUGAAAGGCAAAAAGCUACACAGCUGUAGGCCACCAUUACAGGAUCAACAAAUGUACUGUUCACUACAAAAAGAUGAGAAGAAUAUUAGGUCUACUGCAACAAUGACUUUUAACAAGACUGCAAGGAGGGUGGUCAUUUCCCACAAUAAGGCCAUUGUGAGGAUGGAGUCUGCAUUGGCCCUAUGAAUAAAUGACUGCAGGAAGAAGAGUAUCUUGCUGGAUACCAACAUCAUCCAGAUGAAGGCCAAGAAACUUUAUGAUACUUUACAGAAACACAGAUGUCCACAAUGGUGAUGAGGAUGAAAACGCAGAAGCAAGACACUUUGGACUCAAGAGCAUUUCUCUGCCUGGAGAAGCUGCCUCUGUGGAUAAAGAGCAGCACCAGCAACUCCCCAUAACUAUGUUCAUCACUCGUACGAAGAGAUCAGUUACACCUAUACCUUUAGUGGAAAUAGAAGUUACCGCCCAGGGUGAAGAUACUGCAACACCUGAUGAAGCACUGCCUUCAAAUGAGCUGUAAUGCUCUUCUUGACUGUGCAGUACAUUCAUCUCAUCAUCAUCACCUUCAUCAUCAGUACUGCACAGCUACAUAAUUCAUCUUCAUUCAAGUUGUAGUAUACUUCACUGAGAUGGUCCAACCCUCCUGGGCGGGUCCGUCCAGGAGCGCGCGACACUUUAAGUGCCGGGCCAGGCACCCCCGGUUGGGCCGACUUCGGUCUGCACGGCGGUAUGGACCCUAGGGAGGCGGAGGUCCGCGCCUUAGAAGCGGAGGUCGCGGCCUUGAAGCCAUUGUGGGAGGAGCUGCUGGCGCCGGCGGAGGACAACGCUAGAGUCCGGAAAUUAUUUCAAGAAAUAUGCCAAUCUGAUCCUGAAGAAUGGAAAUCUUUAAAAGAUCUGAGAAGUAAUCUUGGACAUUUAGAAUCAGAACUUUUGUUUCUAAGCACACUUACUGGCAUCAAUAUAAUCAGUUACUCCAAGAAGAUAAAGAACCUAACAAGCACUGAGAUGACAGAAAAGAGUAUAAAGAAAGUUCUACAGAGACACAAAUUAUCAGGAAAUUGCCACAUGAUUACAUUUCAAGUUGAAUUUCAGAUUCUGGAAGUUCAGAAUCAGGAGAACUUAUCUUCUGUUAUUACUGACCUCAACAUAAUAAUGGAGCCCACUGCAUAUUCAGAACUAAGUGAAUUUGUGUCUAGAGCAGAAGAAAGAAGAGAUCUGUUUAUGUUUUUUCGAAGCCUACACUUUUUUGUGGAGUGGUGUGAAUAUCGUAAGCACACAUUUAAACAUUUCAAGGAAAAGUACCCAGAGGCUGUGCACCUCUUGGAGGGGGCCUCCUCCAGCUACAUGGGCAUUCGGAGCACCAGCCACCCAGGGUUUGAAUUAGUCAUCGUUUGGAGGAUACAAAUAGAUGAAGAAGGGAAGGUUUUGCCGAAGUUGGAUCUUCUCACUGAAGUGCCGCAGCAAGCCCUGGAGUUGGACAAGAAGGGAGUAAUAGAAACUGCUCCUCUCAGCUUCCGAACCUUGCUGGGCAUGCUAGGCAUUGAAGUGGCUAUAGAAAGCCUAAUAAGAUCGCUUUGCACAGAGGAAAACCACUAAUUCCCAAAUAGUAACACCUAGGAGUCAGAUGCUACACCACGAAGCAUGUGUUUUUAUUGAAUAUAAUCAUUUGCUGUUUUCCACCUAGAAACCAUACCCUCAGAACGUGUCUGUGCAGUUAUGACACAUAUAUAAACUGUCAGGACAUGAAAAAAUAAAUACAGCUACUUAAAUAGAAACUGCUAAACACUGAUCUGUGGGGAGUGGCUGUGCACCCUUCCAACACCCAGUCUGAGGGCAGAGCCAGGCACCCACCACCUGGGGCUCUUGAAGCGUCAUUGCUUAGACAUUCCCAAGAUACCCUGGGGGACGUACACCACCCUUCUCACCUCCCUGCUGUGGAAAGCAGCACUUGGAGGCAUUUACAGUGCCUCUCAGCAACUCCUCUAACAGUCUCUCUUCUUGGUUAUCCAUAAAAAAGUGGAGCAAGAGCUUAAAAAAUGCAGUAAGAUAGCAAAGCUUGCAUUGUCCCUUCACAGGAGAUCUCAGUACCCAUUCCUCCACACAGAAAAAACUGGGUUUUCAUUUAAGUCCCUAAGAGUCUAAGUGCUGUACUGACCCCAGUGACCCAUUUAAAAUGUUAGAACUAUUGAAAACACUGUUUCAAUCAAGUGAACACCACAGGUAAGAAGAGGCUAUGGUGGAGUGAAUAGAGCAAAGCAUUGCACCAAGACCUCCUAGCAGAGGCUGUCCAUCUGUAUCCUCUUCCCCUGAGUUUCGGACUGCCCACGCCAACCAGGACAGGCAACCAGGAGGCUGCCCAGUUCACCUCCUCAAGGGGCUGGGGUUCCUGAAUUCCAUGCACAGGGACCCAGGGUUCUAUGCACAUGGUGAUGCCGGGCAAGACUGUGUGUCAUUAUCAUGUCCCGCCCCCCUCCCCGUCCCAUGCCAGCAACAAGGAAAAACCUCCAGCCAAAACCACACGACCACUGCUUCCCUCCCCGUACUCUAUGACUUGCAUGCAAAAACAGCUCCACUCAUGUCCCCAUAGAUGGAGUUUCCAAAGCCUCUGGACCCCAACACACUGACAUGGAUGAGAGACAUAUGUCAUUUGAGUAUCUUUUUAACCCUCUGAGUAUAGAAGUAAGAAAUAAAUGUUAGGAAAGAAUUAAAGAAUAAAUUCUAGAAAAGCAGGCUUAAUUCAAACAAGUGUAAUUCUCAAGUGAUCAGAAAAUGUCCCCCACAAAAAUUUACAAUCAGCAAAAUAUUCUUAUUUUCAUAUAAUUCCAUGGUUUCGCUAAUAUUAUAUUACAAUAAGCCUUCAUUAAUCCCUCAAAAUGAUGAUAUAAAUAAUAAAUCUGUACAACCUACCAUAGAAUAAAAAACUGAAGCCCAAGAUUCCCAACAAUUUUCAUAGCAGCGAGGCACACUUUUGGUGAACCUAUCACAAACCCUCUUGGUGCCAGCCAGGAGUCACCUAUCUUGCAUAAGCAGGGCCUUGCGUAGCCCUGACCGGAAAGUGGUCCAGCACAUCACUCGAGGCUGCAAACAGUACAUGUCUCUGUGAAACCCUAGGAAAAAACAGGUACAGGGAGGAAGAGAACUCAAGACUGGCUCUGGCAGAAUUGGUUGAGAUUCCCCAAACCCCACAAAAUGCCCUGAACACAGAGCUGGGAGGAACAGCGCCGCCCCAGGUUUAGCAGCUCAGUGAUGCAGCUCUGCUUCCAGCUUCCACAGCAGCAACUUCAGGUGAGAAAGAAUGCCUUGUCUCCCCUAAAGUUAAAGUCAUUCAGGAAAGAACAGCAUGAAAGUCAGUACUUGCAUGAGUGGUGUUUGCCCCUGAUCUGAGUCCCAUGGUCCUUGCUGAUCCUGAACAGAACAGUGGAGGUGGCCCCUCCACAGGAACCCUGAGUCCACACUGCUUAGAACUGACAUCUGCACCAAGAACACAUUGCUCUGCAGCAGGGAACCACUAAACUUGUGAUAAUGUGUGGCUUGCAUUAAAAAGUGCCCAAGAAACUCAGCUGGGAAAUUUCCAGUAGUAUCCCUGUUUUCUUAAAAGUUUCUUAAAAGUCCAAAUUAUAAGAUAUAUGUCACAAUUCAAGUUUUCUACAUUAGGAGUCUUGUAGAAGAUCCAAACCUCGGGUCUUAAAAUAAGGCUUUUUUCAUUAGAGAUUAGACAUGACCCUUUGGUGGAAAAGAAAAACUGUCCAGAGGGGUCUCUGGGACAGAGAAUGCCACAGGUCUCACAUUUGACAUUCCUUGUCCAGGAAGAUGUUUCUUCUAU